UUCUCCGGAAAACUUCUAAAAGCGGGAAAAAUAGAAAAACCAUUUAAAGGAUUACACUUCGCACACGGAAAUCCAAGCACCGUACUCCUUUUGAUCAUGUUGUGGCAAAGCAAUAAAAACAGUAAUUAGUGUGCAAUUGUGGACUCGUAAAAUUUAAUUAGCAAGCAAUGUGGUGAAAAGUGGAAAAUAAAUAAACAAACCUUUCGGUGGAAAGUGCGAAAAAACUAUGUUAACAAAGUACAAUAUCAAUGAAAUGCAGUUUCCGAAUGGCCAGCGAUGAAUGCAGGUGCUGUGUAAGUGCCUCUGGACUGGAGAGGGGCGCAUCCUAGUGGAAUCAAAGCCGGAACGUGACUUCUGCCGAAAGUAAAUUGAGCCACCGCAGCGAUAAAAGCUGCCAUGCCAACCGGCGAGUGUCGCUAGGACACUCGUAGAGAUAAAGGAUCCAUGGCCGGGCCGAGUGCAGGUGGUCCACCCGUGAUGAGCCACGAUGUUAUCUACUCGCGGAUGCCACCAUCCGCCACUUUUUUACCCCUGCUCCUGAUCCUGCAACUGCUGACCUCCGCUGCAGCGAAUCCCGUGAAUCCCUGUGCCCACAAGGGCAUGUCCGAGCUGAUUCGCUCCAGUCCGGUGAUUGUCAAGGCCCUCGCCGCACGGGUCUUCUCUGAUGAGCUGGCGGGGCAGUCUGCCCAGGACACGAUUUUAAUAACAUUAACGCCGGAAACGAUAUACAAGGGCGCCUCCCUGCUGAAGGUGGCCAAUGGUGGGGCCGAUGCCGAGGACCCCAUGUCCCCGCGUGCCGAAGGACUCGUGUCCUGGAGCUCGGGACACCGUAGCAGGGGCUACAACACAGCCUCCAGCGGCAGCGGCAGUGGAGGUUCCUGGAGCGGCGCUGAGUCAGCCUUUCAGUACGAGGGGCAGCUGAAUGCCACCCUGCAGCCACUGCGUUGCUUCGAUAAUAACAUGCUGAAAAUGCUGCCGGCGGAAUUAAUUGCCUUUGGCAAACUGCUGCCCGCCUCGGCCUCCUCCGGAGCCACUCCUGCAGCCCGGCAGUUGCAACGACCGCCCGUCGGCGGCGCCAGUGAUGUGCUGGAAAUCAGCGUCAACGGUCUGCAUCGGUGGACGCCGCAGUUCGAGAAUCAUAUCUGGAAGCAUUUGGGCUGGGACGACUGGAGCGACUUCACCUUGUGCAGCGUCACCUGUGGUCAGGGUGUGCAGCAGCGCUUCCGGCGGUGUUUGCUUGACAAUCCGCUGGUGGACAUGAACAUGAACCUGAACCUGCAGGACGAUGACGAGGAUGAGGCUGAUGCCGAGAUUGCGGACGAUGAUGCCGCAAAUGAGCUGACCGUGUCCAAGGAGGCGGACACUUUCGGCGAUGGCAAUGAUGAUCUGCUGACCGAUGAAGGGGAUGAGAACGACCUGCUCAUAAUGCGAGCAAGUGGCGACGAGUCAUUGCAUAAAUUUGACCAAACGACGACGAUAAUGCCGCAGACCAGAGUCCGUGCCCAUCCGAAUCCCAGUUCCCCGGCACCUGUCCCCGUGGGAGAAACAAGAGGCGGUAAUGAACCACCAGCAGAUGCAGUUGGAGCAUCAGACGAAAGUGUCAGGUUUGUGAUGAGUGCACACAAGGACCGUGCUGCCAAUGGAGUUGAUGGAGGAGCGGGUUCGGAUGCGGGAACUGGAGUUGGGACCAGGAAGGCACGUGCCAGCAAUCAGCACAAGAAACGCAAGCCAACCAAGAGCGUGGCCAUGUCCACGUUGCUAUGCGAGGGAUACAACAUCGAGCAACGCAACUGCAACAGUUUCGAGUGCAGCGAUGAUAUAAGUGAUCUGUUGAAAUUCUACAAGAAGCUGCCGAUGGGUGAGGAGCUGCCCACCCAGGCGUCGGAUGCUUCAUUAGCCUCCUCCUACCCGGAUCCGUAUUCGAAUGCGGAUCUCACCACGGCGGGACUGAUGGGAACAAGCUUCAGCCCAACGCCCUCAACGCCCUACAACAUGGGCUAUAUCCGGAGCUGGAGGAACUUGCUCAACUUCACGCUGAUGGUCACGCUGAGGGCCAAGAACGAUACCAAGAGCACGGCGAACAUCUUCUCCAUCCGCAACGCCACCCACAAUCUUUAUCUGGAGGCCUGCAAGGACGGACUGCGUUUGUAUCUCGAGCGGGACAAUACGACGGAAAUGUUGCCGGUGAAAUUCAAUUUAUACGAUUAUCGCUGGCAUCAAGUGGCCAUCAGCAUACAGAAUGGCGAUUUCAUAUCGAUUUACGUCGAUUGCGCGUGGACCAAUAGCUUCGUUGUCUCCAAGCGACUGUUCACGUUGCCCGUGGACGCGGAUGUGGAAAUAGGACGCGGCUUUAACGGGGAACUGCAGCAACUACUCGUCCUGCCGGAGAACCAGGAGCGGCUGCAGUGCAGCAACAAGCGCACCUCCAUCAACGAGGUGAAGCGCUACAUCAUCGACACAUUCAUCGAGGACUACAACGGCAACUGAGGCAAUUGCCAAUUGACCGAAAGCCACUGUAUAUGCAUGCAAAUAUGCGUAUAUUAAAUUGUGGCAAAUCCACACAAAAUCCGAUUACAAAUUCGCCAAAUCAAAACUGCAUAGAUUUAUGAUUAUUCAUUUCAUUUGCAUAUACAUAAGGGUAAAAAAGUAUGUGCAACUAUACAUACGAAAAUUAUUACGCAUACGCCAUGUGAUUUAUGCGCUAGCAAAGAGCGCACUCCACACCACACAGCCCAUACAUAAGCAGUCAGUAAAAUUCGAUUAUGGACACAUUGUGGCUAUCAUCUUUACCAUGGAGAAUGUGCUUGGUAUUUGUAAUAAUUAAGCUAAUUUGACGGAAUACAAUAAUUGUAAACGCAAAAAUUAAUUUAAAAUGCCUAACGGAAGGCAAAUGUAAACAAAAACAAACGAACAGAACAAAAAGAUAAUACAAAUAUAAUGCAACUAU